AUGGCCCAAGCUUCCGUUCCGAUUCUCAUGACCAGUUUCAAACAUAGAAUACAGACGGACCACCAGCUUCCCCGAAGAGACCACGUACUCGAGCUUUUGUCCGAAAAGAGAAGUUACAAAAAGAACCCGGAGAGACACUGUGUACACCCAGUACACGCGCCCAAAGUAAGCCACUCACUCCACGACGGAGCAGCGGGUCAGCCUAGGCGGGAGUUUCAGAAGUGGUUCACCAAACAGCAUAACUACAUUCUGCUGGUGGCCCAGGACAUCUUUGCGACAGGAAAGGAGCGAGGUCGUCGCGGUAUUCGAGGGAAAACGGAUUCAGCGGUCUCGGAGUGGCUAGGUCACCUGAAUCCUGCGCCGCUUGACCAAGCACAAGCAUCCUUCAGAUACGACCUUCCUCUCAUCGGUCAUUCCGAUCCACGCGGAGAAAGCAUGGAAUCGUCAAGCUCUCUUUCUAGAGUUUCCACGACUACCGCUGAUGAUUCCAGUACGGUGAGAGACUUUGACAAAAGAGACAGGGCGCUGAGUUGGGAGAAGCUUCGACUCAGGCGCAUCUUUAAAACUGCCACCGAAGACGAGAAGUCGAAGGACCUAAAAUCGAAACUCGUGCCCGGACCAAGCAAAUUGCCAUUCCGAGAGAUUCCGGAAUUCGUGGGUUUUCUGAAGGAAAUCCUCGGAGAGUGCGAGAAGUCGCGUCCGAAUAAGGACUCUUCCGCUGUCAUCGAAAAAUUCAAAGACAAAUUCCAUGAAUGGCAAUCGGACCAUCGUCUUGCUUUGAUGACCAAUCGAGAAUUCGGAAUGGACAUCAGAUACAGUAUGUCGGCGAACGAAGCAGUCCUGCAACGGACCAUCAUGCUUUCCAUCAUUGACCGAUGUUAUAUUCACGACUUGUUCUCAUUUAACUGUGAAGGGCAAUGGAGGUUAGACCAAAGGUAUCGCUUGCCUGUCACGGGAAGGAUGGAACAUGUUACCCUGCCAAAACCCGACCUGGCUGUCUUCUUCAAACUGGAGGCCCUUACCGGACCCAAUAUCUGGGCUCCGUACCCUAAAGAGAUGGCCGGGUCCUUGCGCCCGGAUGGCGGACCGGAAAGAUGCUUUCCUUUUCUUUUCAUGGAGGUCAAGCGCAGCGCUGACAAUCUCGAAUCAGCUUUCCGAGCAAAUCUUCAUAGCGCCAGCCAAGCUCUCUACAAUAUCUUUCAGUGGAUGUCCUUGGUCGACUUGAACGACAUCUUUUGGGAAAAUGUUCGGGUCUUCUCCAUCGAUCUUAAUGCAAGGGAGAUCAAAUUACGCGUGCAUCGCGCCGCGCCGGAGAGCGACAACUCCCUGCGUUUCUAUUUCGACGAUAUAACAUCUCUGACCGAAUACACCAGAGACCAAGCUUGUCAACUUGUUAAAGGCGUCUUACUCGACUACGCAAAAAGCGAACUCUAUGGUAUUUUGAAGAACACAUUUCAGAAAGUGUCGGAGAGGGAGCAACUCCUGGCUCAACAACAGGCAAGAAGCUACCAAAACAAACGAAGAGCAGAGCAACCGCAAAGUCAAUCUUCAAAGCGAGGACGAUCUCGAGUGGGAGCUACAGUUCCUCCAGUGCCGGUGGACAUAACAAGCGAAGGUGUAGAUCCUGCUUCAUCGUUUGGGGCCAGCGGCCUCACCAUUUGA